CGGCGCGAUGACGUCAGUGUCGCGCGCCGUCGCUAAGGACACGGUGCCCGCUGCGCAGCUCCGCACCGGGGCGGAGGCCGGGUCGGGUCCAGCAGCGCUAUGGGCGGUUACACCGCGGACGAGAAGCUGCGGCUGCAGCAGCUCCGCGCCCUGCGGCGCCGCUGGCUGCGAGACCAGGAGCUGAGCGAGCGGGAGCCCGUGCUGCCGGCGCGGCGGCUGGGGCCCAUAGCCGCCUUCUGGGAGCGCUUCCUGCAGCCCGGCGGCCUCUGGCGGCAGAAGGUGUUCAACGCUUACCAGACCAGCGGCUUCAUCUUCGUGCGGGUGCUGAUCCCUGCCUGGAUCCUCCACUAUUACGUGAAGUACCACGUCUCGAAAAAGCCGUAUGGUAUCAUUUCAUCCAAUCCAGCAAUAUUCCCAGGGGACAGAAUUUUAGAGACGGGAGAAAUUGUUCCACCUCUGGCAGACGAACCUUCUGAGCACCACUGACAGCUGAAAGCCGACGUCCUUCAGCAAAGGAGGCGGGAGCUGCAGCCACCUGUGUUCUCUCUUCUAUAAAAGAGUCUUUAUUCUGCAUCGCCUCAUCUUUUCUGUCAUUUACUUUCUCCUUAGUCCAAACCCUCCCAGUCGGUACUUACGUGGGAGUUUCCCUUGCUUUCAUUGAGAUUUAUUGCUAAGCCCUGGUGAUUUCCCCCCCCUUCUCCUCCCAGCCAUCCCUUUUUUAUCUGGCCUGACUGUCGAGCAGUGUGGGCUUUACAGUAAUGGUAGGGACAGUAUAGAUUGCAGGGAAUUGGGCAAUAAUCUGCUCAGAGGAGGGGUGUCAUGGCAAGCUCCUGCACACAACAGCUGUCCUCUACCAGACAGCCCAGCGAACUCUCUUCUGCUAAUUUCUGGUAUUUACUGUGAAAAUUAAGCUUCCCUCUGUGUCAUCCCAUGUCCCAGCCAACAGAGGGGAGCAGAGACAGCACCAUUGCAUAGUGGUGCCAUCCUCCCCAUCCCAGCAUAUGAAUCGGUGUGAUGUGGGUUUAGACACAGAAUCCAGCUGGGAAGGAGAGCAGAGGUUCCUGAGUCAUCCCAAAAGGUUGGUUGGUUUGUUUGAAGAGAAGUAGGAAAAUGAGGUUCUGAAGAGUGAAGCCAAAAUUCCUUACUCCUUCACCUUUAACACUUCAUUCUGGCUUCAGCGUUUCCUGUCUUGGAAUCCUCCUGCCUUCUCUGUCCCCUAUUACCUGUGGCAUUUUCUACUGGGAAAUACCAGUCUUUAAUUUAGUGCUAAAUCUGCAGAUAUUUUGGUGGCUAUUCUGGUGAUAGAAAUGACUAAAAGAGGAAUUCCGGGUGUGCCUGGAGGCACGGAAUUGUGAGGGGCUGGGACAGGACUGUGGUGACCUCAUGGAACUGUGUAUUGGCAGCAGUCUCUGUUGACAUUUGUGACAUCAGGCCUGCAGAGCUGUGGCCAACACGUUGGAUGAAAACUCUCCUGCAGUCAAAGGAGAUCCAGGAGGCCAUGGACCCCUUGACAGGCAGCCAGGCACAUCCCCCUGCUCCCCAUUCUUUGCUGGUCCCCCAGGUCCCCACCAAGUAUGCAGCCACUUCCACCCCUAGGUAAAAGGCAGCUCAGGCUCUCCUGGCACAGAGUUGCCCAGGAUCAGCUCUUCCCAAAGCGGCUACAGCCUGAAGCGAUCCUUCGCCUGCACCAACUUGCUGCUGCUCAGCCUGGCCAGCCCCGAUGGCUCUGUGGGCAGUGAGGCACCCCUUGUCCCCCACAUACGUGUGUCUUGCUCCAAGGAUAAAUCCAAGCCCACCGCCUCCACGGAGAAUUGAUCAUCACCACGACUGUCCCACUGAUGAUGUGCCACACAGCCAGCAGGACCAGGCACCCACUGCAGGACAUCACAGUGCUGAAAGCACAUUGCUUCUGUGCAAUGAAUAUUCCUCUGUACAAACA